UGGUAAGCAUAGUUGUCUCUCGUGCAAACACAGUCUUCUUCUUCCCUUGACCUCUCUAUAUAUACACACAACAAAUCAUCAUCUUCUUUCUCAGAUCUCUUUUAUCUUCUUUCAACACUAUUUUCAUAUACUAUAUUGUUCAAGUCUUUGAAGAUGAGUACUGAGGAGAAUGGUGAAGAAGGUCGUGAAACUCGUUCAGCUCCUAAAUUAAAUGAAAGGAUUCUGUCAUCUUUGUCUAGGAGAUCAGUUGCUGCUCACCCUUGGCAUGAUCUUGAAAUUGGACCUGGGGCACCUAUGAUUUUUAAUUGUGUUGUGGAGAUCACUAAAGGAAGCAAGGUCAAAUACGAACUUGACAAGAAAACUGGAUUAAUCAAGGUUGAUCGAAUAUUGUACUCAUCAGUUGUUUAUCCUCAUAACUACGGUUUCAUCCCAAGAACUCUAUGUGAAGACAAUGAUCCACUUGAUGUCUUGGUUCUGAUGCAGGAGCCAGUUCUUCCUGGUUGUUUCCUAAGAGCCAGGGCCAUUGGACUCAUGCCUAUGAUUGAUCAGGGAGAGAAGGAUGAUAAAAUUAUUGCUGUAUGUGCUGAUGAUCCUGAGUAUAAACACUACACUGACUUGAAAGAACUUGCACCUCAUCGCCUCUCUGAGAUUAGACGUUUCUUUGAAGAUUACAAGAAGAAUGAGAACAAGGAGGUAGCAGUUAAUGACUUUUUACCUGCAUCUACUGCUGUUGAAGCCAUCCAAUUCUCAAUGGAUCUUUACGCCGAGUAUAUUCUGCUUACUUUGAGGCGAUAAACCAAAAUACUAUUCUCUACAAGCUAGAAUAAACCACACUCUAGAUGGUUUUUCCAUAUAUUUUCAUGAAGCUUUAUUGUAUUUUGUACUGAGUUGGAUACUAUAAUACUUGUU